AUGUCCAACUCCACCACGAUGAAGGACUUUCUGCUGCUGGAGUUCUCUGACCUGCGGGAUCAACAGAUUUUCUAUGCCAUGUUCUUCUCUCUGGUUUAUCUGGUCACUGUAAUAGGAAACCUCAUCAUUGCUGUGGUCACCACUCUUGAUGAAAGCCUUCACACACCCAUGUACUUCUUCCUCAGAAACCUGUCUAUGCUGGACUCAUGCUACAUUUCUGUCACGGUUCCCAACUCCUGCGUUAACUCCCUGCUGGGGAACAGCUCCAUUUCCAAGGCAGGAUGUGCUACUCAGGUCUUCCUAGUGGUUUUCUUUGUGUUCGUGGAGCUGCUGUUUCUCACUAUCAUGGCUCAUGACCGCUUUGCAGCCAUCUGCAAUCCCCUCCAUUAUCCUUCAAUAAUGAACCAUCACCUGUGUGUCCACUCCACGCUGGCCUCUCUGCUCAGUGGCUUGGUCUAUGCAGCCCUGCACACCAGCAACACCUUCCGGCUGUCCUUCUGCCACUCACAUGCUGUCCAGCAGCUCUUCUGUGACAUCCCUGCUCUGCUGAAACUCUCUUGCUCCGACACCUUCAGCAACUGGAUCACCAUCCUCAUCUCUAUUCUGGUGGUUGGUGGUGGCUGUUUCAUUUUCAUCAUCAAGUCUUACAUUCACAUCUUUUCUGCUGUGCUCAAGUUACCAGCGGGAGCAGACAGGACAAAGGCCUUUUCCACCUGUGUGCCACACAUCCUGGUGGCAGGAGUCUUCCUCAUCUCAGGCUCUUAUGUCUACCUGAGACCCUCUACGAUGUCUGUCGGCACCUGGGACAUGGUCCUGCCUAUGUUCUAUUCUGUAAUUCCCCCCCUCUUGAACCCUAUUAUCUACAGCCACAAAAACACACAGAUACAAUAUGCCCUCAGGAAACUCAUGACCAGAAUGGUCUUCUCAGGAAAUGUGCUGAGAAUCAGGGAGGCUUUCCCUACCCAGCUUAGUCAUGGUCAUGUUGUGGCCCAUCAGUACACAUAA